AUGCACAAGGAACUCAAUGCUGUGAAGGGUGGUAAUACUGCCAUGAUGGCAGUCUGGGAUUCAAAAGAGAGUUCUGAUAGGCCCAUUCUCCUUGCAAAUAAGGACAAUGAUGCAACAACUUGCCUGUCGUCAUUAUCAGAUGGUUCAUCGGCUGCAGUUGAGCGUGCACUCAAGCUAAUGAAACGUGGAGCAGCCAAGCUGAUUGAGAUCACAGGCAAUAUACUGAACCACAAGGACGACAAGAAGGGACUUCAGGACUUUCACCGUCUCAUGAUGGAAGAGUUGACUGACAGUGCUUGUUCUUCAUUCCCCGACACCAGCAACACCAGGUACCAAACAUAUGGUGCAGCUGCAUGUCACAUCAUCAAAUUUUGGCCCCAGUACAUCAAACUACUCAAGCUUGCACAUAUUUCAAAGGAGAAUGAGACAUUCAACCAUAUGGAGAAGAAUCUUUAUGCUGGCCUUCAUUGCUGGAGAACUCGCUUGGAAUGGACUGCCAAUCUCAACAUUCUGGAUCUCAGACCUCUCCACGAUGAUGUUAAAAUACAUCUCCAAGCUCUUGUUGAUAAUCUUGACCUUCUCUUGUUGUGUGAAUCCAGUCACAAGCUUGGUGCACUCUGGGGGGAGCCUUGGGAAGAUCCAACCACCAUCACUGCCUGUCUCAAUCUUUACGACAGCCUUACCUUGGAGCAGCAGGACCUUGCAAAAGAGCUUCUUUGUGCAUUUUUCAAGGGCAAACUCAAAACCUAUGAAUGA